GGGAGGGAGGGAGGGAGGGAGGCAGAGAGAGAGAGAGGGAGGGAGAGAGAGAGAGAGAGGGGAGUUAGUGGUCUAGGGUUCCCUCAGGUGUUUGGCUCCAGUCAUGGCCGGGAACUCAGAGAAAGUACCGAUCGCCUCGGCGGGACCGGAGGACCUGCAGCACUUCAUGCCCCCGGCCUACUCCACCGUGGCCGUGAAGCCCGCCGCCACCGGCCGCCUCCUGAAGGCCGGGAUCGCGGUGCUCAUCGCCGGGGCUCUCCUACUGCUGCUGGGGGCUGUUGGAGCUUUCUACUUCUGGAACAACAAUGAAAAACACGUCUACAAUGUCCACUACAGCAUGAGCAUCAAUGGGAAAGUGGAGGAGGGUACGAUGGAGAUCGACUCGGCCAAUAACAUGGAGCGGUUCAGCACCGGCAGCGGGGCGGACGAGGCCGUGGAGGUCCACGACUUUGAGAUUGGGAUCACAGGAAUCCGGUUUUCAGGGGGCGAGAAGUGCUACAUCAAGACCCAAGUGAAGGCCCGACUGCCCGAUGUGGAGGCUCUCAACAAGGAGUCGAUGACAUUCGACCUGGAGGACGAGGUGAUGCCGGCCAAGUUCGAGGACGAUCUGAUCUGGGUGGCGGCUGACUCUCCCCUCUCGGACUCCGGCUUCCUCAGCAACAAGAUUAAGGACUUGUGUGGAGACCUGCCAAUCUUCUGGCUCCGUCCCACCUACUCAACCAGCGGACAGAGGGAGAGGAGGGCCGCCCCCCGCCAGCGCCGUCAGGCAGCCGUGGCCGGGGAGGAGGAAGAGGACGUGGAGGCAGAGUUCAACCCGGAGAACCCUUAUCAGAGAGGUCUCGAGGGCGAGCAGGGCGGCAUGAACAUCGACCCAAGGCUGGACCACGAGGGCGUGUGCUGCAACGAGUGCCGUCGCGGCUACACCCACUGCCAGAGGAUCUGCGAGCCGCUGGGAGGGUACCACCCGUGGCCGUACCACUACCGUGGAUGCAGGGUGGUCUGUAGAAUCAUCAUGCCCUGCAACUGGUGGGUGGCACGCAUUUUGGGUCUGGUGUAAACACCCUGACGUACCUGGGACAUGUUGGAGUCCAAAAGAGGGGAGAAACUAGGGAGGGUUGGGGUUCCAAGGGAGGGGAGGUGGCUUCUUAUAGUCAUCUACAGUAGUUACCUGUCGGUCUGAGCAAAUUAAAUGAACAGCAUCAGUAACAUUAGAAAUAUACGGUGCAGAAUCUAGGACAGACAUGUUCUCACAUGUGAAAGCAAACUGCACAGCUUGUUAUUAAAAAAAAGAAAAAAACAAUAUCUGCUGUGGAUUUAGAUCAUUCUGUUUUCAAUUAAAUGAAUUGAUCUAUUGACACCUGCAUUGAUUUUUAAAUAUGUAUAACUCCACCCAUGUAUCGAUAGGAAAAGCGCAUAUAUUUAUAGAGCUGGUAAUUGUUCCUUUUUCUUUACACUCUUUGAUGUAAAUAAAUGUAUAGGGCGCAAUGUAUUCCAAUAGCAGUCAGCUGGCUUUAAUAGAACCCAUUGUUUGUUUCACUUGUCGUCACUCUAGCGCAAUAUAUUUUAGAGUCUUGUGUUUUUAACUCUUUCCUUUUCUUGUUUCACUCUCUUGAGUAGCUCUCAUUAAAACAAUGUACUGUAUGCGCCCUAGCAAACUCUCACCCAAAUGUGCUUUCAUCUGCAUUGAA